CAAGCAAAGAGACCAAAAGCACUGAGCAAUGCAGAGCCCACCAUGUCAGAGAUAAGGGACUGAAAGAAAGAGCUGGGAAGAAGAGAGCAAAGCGCAGAGGCAGACCGACAAGAGGAGAGGACACAACAGAGAUGACUCGGACGGACAAAGCCAAGCCUUGGCCACCCUGUCACCGGAACUGCAGCCCUGUCACAAAGGACAUCAAAAGGUGUACAUGAGAAUAAAUGCUGUGUGAUCUGGAGGAAAGCAGCAGGAACACAAACUCCUGCCGAGGCUCACACUGGUCAGGGCAGGGGUCAACAACACUACUGGAUCCAGAACUUUCUUUGUCUACAGACAAAACUGACCCCAAUUUCAAUUAACCUUUGGAUUAAGGCGUUUAGAGAUCACAAUCAUUGUGUCUUACUGUGGCCUCAGCUUGUCCAUAGAGAACCCCAGAGGGCAUAAAAUAGAAAGCUGCAGAGUGUUUUUUUCCCAUGGCGAGAAUUUGGGUCUUUCCACCGGGAAUCAUCUGCAGCUUUAGGACUUUGCUCUUGCUGUUUUCCAUCCUGCUGCUCCAGGGGCUCUGUGGACAGAGCAGCCCAAUCUCCAACACUCAUCAGAGGUAUCGCCCCGCUCCGGGGCUGGGAGACGGGCAUGGAGGGGUGGUGGACCCUUCGCUGCUGGAGCGGGACGACAACAUGAACAUGCAGAGCUUGCUGGAGAGCCUGAAGGAACAGUUUCUGCAGACUUUCAACCUGUCUGGCUUGGGUCCCCGUCCGCUGCCUCCUGAAGGCACACGAGAAGAGCCACCUGAGUACAUGAUGGAGCUCUACAACCGUUUUGCUAAUGAUCGUACUGCCAUGCCCACCGCCAACAUCAUCCGCAGCUUAAAAAAUGAAGAUUCAUCUCCCAGUGUUGUGGGUGUCAGAGGGGUGAGGCGUCACCCACUCCUCUUCAAUGUGACAAUCCCCCAUCAUGAACGCAUCACAGCAGCCGAGCUUCGCCUCUACACACUUGUCCAGACUGACCGCCACCUCUACGAUGGUGUCGACCGCAAGGUCACUAUCUACGAAAUGGAAUUGUAUGUCGGGGAUGACAACAUGACCGAUGAGAACACUGUGCGAGGUGAUGGAUUCAGAGGGGCAGGAGAGCGGACAGAGGUGUUGGAGUUGGCUUCACGCCAGGUCUACGGCACCGAUAACGGAUGGGAGGCCUUUGACCUCACUGCUGCUGUUCAACGCUGGCGCAAAUCUGACCAUGGCUCCACGCACCGGUUGGAAGUGCACAUUGCCAGCAUGGCUAAUGAAGACAAUGUUCAAGGUAUGAAAGAGGACAAGAAAGACAGGAACCCACCUGAAGGAGACAUGAAGAUCGACACCAGCCCCAAGGAAAAACACAAACCUCUGCUGAUUGUUUUCUCUGACGACCAAAGUAGCGAUCACCGUGAUAACAAGCGUGAGCUGAACGAGAUGAUCGACCACGAAACCUCUAACAUGGUUCUCCAGAAUGACUUGGGGUUUGGCUUGAAUGGGCUGUGGGGGGAGCUGGGGAGGGACCGGGAUGAGGUGGAUGAAGAAGCAGAGCCAGAUGAAGAGGACCUCAUCCAAAUGCGCUCCAAUCUGAUCUACGACACAGCGUCCCGCAUCCGUCGCAAUGCCAAGGGGAAUCACUGCAAGAAACAAUCUCUGUACGUAGAGUUCAAGGAUAUCGGUUGGGACAGUUGGAUCCUGGCACCCACUGGUUAUGACGCCUUUGAGUGCACUGGCAUUUGUUCCUUCCCACUGACAAAGCAUGUCACACCCACCAAGCAUGCCAUUGUCCAGACAUUGAUCAACAUCAACAGUCCUCAGAAGGCAGCACGAGCUUGUUGCGUGCCCACCAAACUGGACCCCAUCUCCCUGCUGUACUUGGAUGACACAGGUGUGGUCACCUACAAGUAUAAGUUUGAAGGCAUGGUGGUGGCAGAGUGCGGCUGCAGAUAGUCCAUGUUUUGAGAGAGUUUAACUCUUCGUAAAGUCUUACAAUAAGAGGAGGUUGGAAUCUCUGUAAAAUUGAGAUUGAGACAGUGGAAAGACAGUGUGCUGCAGAUUUACAGUCAACAAUGGUGAUGCCAAGGUGUGUCCUCAAACCCACAAGAAGGAAACGCACAAGACUUCCCAAAGGACCAAACCGAGCUCAUCCUACAGUGUGUGCGGCCUGGUGGGAACCAGUGGGCCAGUUAUCCCCCUCCCUCUCCUUCCCCCUGACGUCUGUCUUCCCCUCCACUUAUCUCUGGCUUCCCCACUCGAUGCAAACACUAAUCAGCACUUCAUGUGUCCUGGCGCAGUGAAAUGACCCCCAAGAGGCAACCUGACAAGACAUGAACUCUCCAGGCCCACCUCCUGCCUCCUGCAGCCUCCUGAUACGUAGGCGCAGUGCAGGGGUCCUAUGUGGCAGGGUUAUCUUUCCCAAUCCUGUUUCCAACUUCACAUGCCUCUUUUCCACUCCCCCGAGCUACAGCGAUAGCAAGGUGUGGGGGUUUGAGAAACAUGUAUGCCACCACCUCAGGCUCGUAGAACUGGACGGCAUUCUGUGCAGUUUUCUGAGGUGGUGGGAUGGGGGAGUGGGACAGGACAAGGGGGCAGGGGUUGUCCACAUUCCAAGGCAACAAACAAUCUUAACUGAGUCAACUUACUGACAUAGCACCAUGCUUCCCUAACAUAUCUUCAACUCCUCAGUUCAGCCAUCUGUCACUUUUAUGGUCAAAAUUGCCUUUUUGGACAGUUAUUAUCUGACGGACAAACUCGAGAGUUGAAAAGGGGGCACUUUGUCACAUUCCCUUCAUGGAUACAACCCAAAGGAAACACAGCGACAGAAAUGCAGUUUCUUUAUUGAAAAGCCUUUUGAUACCUCUGCUGCUUGUGUCAAAUAAAAGACUAUUUAUUGUUCUAAUUUAUUAAUUUUUACAAAA